UAUAAUAACUCAAGGGGCGGAGAACGUCCCUCGACUCCUCCUCCUCCCCCCGGAACUAGGAAGUACGCGAAAAGUAAACAAACGCUCCGACGCAGCUCAGCUCAGAGCUCACUAGGGAACUACACGAGAUGAUGAGAUAAUGCCGGGCCGGGCCAGUCUCCUGAAACAACCCCAAGCAUGGAAGCCAGAGUUCUGCAGUACUUCGCUUUACUUUUCCUGUCCGCGGGGUGCUUUGGAGAAGAUGACGUCACCUACGUGAGCGGCUUCUACUCCAAGGGCCCCCAGAAGCUCUCCAAGUUCAGCUCCUUCUCUAGCGCGCGCCUUCACCACUUCCGCGUGCCGGAGGACACGGUGCUCGCGCGAUGGCUUCUCACGGUGACCAGAGGCUCAGGGCUCAACUGCGAGACUCAGGACGUCACUGUUCACUUCAGGGCAGGGGCUCCUCCGGUGAUUGACCCCGUUGCCACGGCGUUCCCCAACCAGACAGCGGUGACGCUGGCCUGGAACCUCACGCUGACGGUGGGCGCUAAGCAACAACAGAACCAAACACUGGUCAACGUCAGCAGCCCUGCGGCCGGAGACUGGUUUGUAGCUGCGCACCUCCCCGAGCACGAUGGCAAAAUACAACAGAAGGGACUACCGUCCUGCUCCUACCUCUUCCAGCCACAGAUGUUCAUCAGGCGAGCUGUGGACACGCCCACUCUGCUGUCCAACAUUCCGCAGUCUCAGAUGCUCUCCAGAACACACACGGCAAGCAUCCUCAAGUUCUUUGUUCCUGAGUUCUCCACACAGAUGUCGGUGCACAUUCUGUCAUGCUCGGUAGAGGGUGUGGCCAAGCCCAGCUGCGGACUGAGCCUCCUCAUUGGCUCUUCCUCUCUAGGGCGGGACUCCAGACUGACCUAUAACUGCUCGGGGGAGGAGCCUCAGUGUUCUGCCUCUGUUGCCACGCCUCCCUGGGACUCCUGGGUUCAGGUUGCCGUGGCUACCAGUCUAGCCAAUGUCACGGUGAACUUUAACAUCUUGGCCAAUUACACAGUUGGUUGUAAGCCCCAGAGUGCCCCAGCUGACUUCAACAGCAACUUGACCGUAUCCGUGGGCAACGGCACCGCUGCAUCCAACAUCUCCACGGCGAUGGUGACAGCAGACGUGUUGGCAGGCUCGUGCGUGCGCACGCCGGCCGUGUUCCGCGAGGACACCGACGUCCUCGCCCUGCGCUUCACUGUCGCCGACGGCAACCUCACUGUGCCUGCAGAGCCCCCGACCCUCAUAACCUUUGACCUCAACUCCGUGGCGACCAGCGGGGGGACACUCAAUGUCCAGAUCAGCCUCAACAAGAGCUCUGUGAUUGGUGGGUUUGGUAGCAUGAGGGCGUGUCUAACCCCUUCAGCUCCUGUGAUGUCCCUCAACACCAGCCUAUCAUGUGCAGCAGCGUUUGUGCAGGGCUACUCCUUGAGUGUUAACAGCAGUGUGGCUGAGACUGCACUCAGGAUUCCGUUUCCUGAAGCUGCCAUGUGGUACCUCACACUGCAGACUCUCUGUAACGACAGUGGCGACUGCAUUAAUGUUUCAGCAGUAGUGGGGGUCUCUGUGAACGUGAGCGCCUGUGUAGACGAGUGUGGUUCCUAUGGAGACUGCAGACUACUCCGCACACACAGCUACCUCUACGCUACCUGCGCCUGUAAAGCAGGUUGGCGAGGCUGGGGCUGUACUGACGGGUCAGAGGCGCUCUCCUUCUCCCUCCAGCUGCAAUCGGUCAUGUUCCUGACGCUUAGUAACCUGCUCUUCCUCCCUCCAAUCAUCCUGGGCCUCUACCGGGGCUACCUGCCUGAGGCUGCCGUCUACACCUACAACAUGUUCUUCUCCACGUUCUAUCAUGCAUGUGACCAGCCAGGGGUGACUGUCUUGUGCAUUAUGGAGUACGACACACUGCAGUUCUGUGACUUUCUGGGUUCCUGCACUUCAGUUUGGGUCACAAUUAUAUGCAUGGCCAAGCUGCAGGAUCUCUUCAAAUAUGUGUUCUUCAUAUUAGGCACUCUCUUGAUUGCCAUGUCGAUGUCCUUGGACAGGCACGGCCUCUGGAACUUUCUGGGACCUCUACUGUUUGCAUUCAUCACCAUGGCAACGGCCUGGGUGUAUCGGAGUGUGAGGCGGCGCCAGUGUUUCCCCCCGCUGUGGCGUCGCUGGGUGUGUUUCCUGCUGCCGGGCGUGCUGCUGGCGCUCGUGGGCGUGUGUGUGUACGUGUUCGGUGAGACGGACGCCAACUACCUGUACACACACUCCCUGUGGCACGUUCUCAUGGCAACCAGCAUCGUCUUCCUGCUGCCGCCACGCCACAAGCACACACAGCCCUGGGGAUGGACACACUCGCUCUGCGGAUACAAGAUCUGCAAGAACCAGAAAGAUGACCUGUACUCCGUCUCCUAACACACACACACAAUGUACACACACACACACACACACACACACACACACAGACACACACCAUGUACACACCAUGUACACACACACACACACACAAUGUACACAAUGUGCAAUACUCCCUCUUCCUGUUUCCCAAAAUUGAAGCACUUAAGUGCCAUGACUACUGCCCAGAACCUCAGCCAACGCACAACACACUCACAACAUACUCACAACAUGCUUACAACCAACUCUCAACAUACUCACAACAUGCUUACAACAUACUCACAACAUGCUUACAACCAACUCACAACAUACUCACAACAUGCUUACAACAUACUCACAAC